AUCACAGGACAUCGACUUUACUGGUGUGAUAGUCUGAGAAAGUACGGUUCACGAAUAUUAUCUACCGCGAAAACUAGUUCUCUUUCGUUAUCAUGAUUGCUAAUGCACAAUUAUUACCCUGUGUAUUUGCAUUUCAAUAAAACACACAUUCAAGUAUACACACUCACUGAUAAGAGGACACUAGUGUAUCUCUGAGUCACAAAUCUGCAACGGUCGGAAAUUCGUCGCCAUAGGAUCAACAUUUCGAGGUGUGAUUAAGUACAUUGUUUUGAAGAAUGGCGGGUACAAACAGGCAAGAUUUCGAUGAUAAAUUGAAAGCAGUUGCCAGAAGAACAAAGCAAGAUGCAGAAAUAGAUGAUCUCGGAAAGGCACUAAAAAUUCCUUCGUAUGAUAUUCAAAGUGCUCAGAAAAGGAACAGCCAAGAUCAUUCACAUAUGGGGUCGUUGGAGUUGCUGAGAGACUGGAUGAAAGGACAAGAUUCAUCAACAAUGAGACAGACCUUGAUUGAUGCCUUGGUAAAGAUAAAACGGAAUGACAUACUCGAAGAAUGUUUUCCGGAGGACGGUGCUGAUACUGUGACCGAACCUACCAAAAGAAACCCAGCAUCGCGUACCUCUGGACUACUAACGGGCGGGAUGCUGUCUUUGACGGACCUGAAAUUGAACGAGAUAGGGGAGGCUCUGGGAGUCAACGAGAAUAUCAUGACUCUUGGACUAUAUCUUGAUUUCCCAAGAUCCAAGGUGGAAAUGUUUCUUGCUACAAAUCGGGCUGAUGGCAAUGUGUCUUCCAAAGGCACCAAGAAUAUGCUAUUUGCAUGGAGGAACAGGACGCCCAGCGCAAAACAGGUGAAAGAGCUUCGUGAUGCCUUGGUGAAAGCCGAUUUGAGGCUCGUUGCCGACGAGCACCUUCGUAACAGUGCUACGAACCCGGCAGAACCUGUUAGAAGUGGCAGAGGAACAAGAAUCAACGAGAACGUUUCCCAGGAGCAACUGGACAAGAUCUCGAAGGACUUUCCAACUGCAAACUUCGUAUCCUUCAGCAAAAUAUUAGGCGUUGGGAUGCACCAAGCCAACGGCAUCCUGAUGAAACACUGCAAGGACUACCGGAGUGCCUUGAUGGAAAUCCUCAUGGCCUGGAAGAGCAGGACAUGUGGCCCUUGCUCAGAACUAGAAGCUGCUUUGAGUGCCUCAGAAGCAGGGGAUUUGAUAGCGGAUAUACUUUAUAAGUAAUUUUAAGGGUCUCAUUUUUCAUUAAAAGGUUAGGGCCGUCCUACAUUGAUACCAAUAUUGUCAAAAUGGAGAAAUAUACCAACCUAACAUGCCAAUUUUGUUGCAAAUGUUGCUGUUGUUGCCUAGAACCAAACACAAAAACGUUUGUAGCAAUUGUCGGGGCGGCGACCAUUAAUAACAAUAUUAUUUUAUAUGCAUUCACGAGCGGGAUAGACGUUCGCUUCGAUUCACGUUGUCACAAUUGUCUGUGAUUGGUAAAUGUUAUAUUUUGUCCCUGUACAACUACGUACAACUGGUGUCCUAAAUCAUUGAAUUUGUAUAUAAAUUGGUAUUGUCAUGUUUAUUUCUAUAGUUAUAGUUGCCCAUUUCUUUAAUGUAUACAAAGUGCUAAAACAUAAACUAUGUACAGGGACCCUUUAAACUAACAUGUAUUCUUUCAAUAAAAAAAUUCAAAACUUAAUAAUAAUAAUAAUAGUAAUGAUAAUAACACUCAGAUUGUAUAUAGCGUCAAUAACAACUAAGUCUUUAAGCGCUUUAAACUUGGAGAUUAUUACCCAGGCUUUAGCUGUGCUGCCAUUACAGUACCAAAGCAACUUCGCCAUGUCUUGUAUUUCCUCUGGUGCAUAUAAGAUUCUUUCUUUUACUCUUCAACAAUAGCUUGUCUGUGAUUGAUUCAUUUUUUACUUUGUCCCUGUCUAAUUACGUCUUAUAAUAUUGUAUUUCCUCUAAUUUUUAAAUUAUUAGAUAUAUUUAUUACUACAAACUCCUGGAAAUGGUUAUAUUUUCUUAUCAACGCUUAUUUUAUAUAUUUUUAAUUAAAACAAUUUAUU